AUGUUAACACCCCCAGUAAUGACAACGACACAAGCCAAUUCAAAUUAUUGGUUCAAUCCACAAAAUUUUCCACGAAUGAGUCAAGCACAAAAUCCGAAUAUUUUUAAUGUACCAAAUGUUCAAAACGCUGACCUCAUGGAAAAGUUAAAUUCGAUGGAUGAUAAAUUAAAUGAAAAAAUCGAGACAGUAUCGAGUAACAUUCAGAAAAUUGAAACAACCGUUGAACAUAUUAAGAAGUCCUACGAAGAGCAAGAAAAACAAAUCUGUGGACUGAACAUGGAGAACAAAGUACUUAAACAGAGAAUAACUGAACAUGAAAAGAUGUUGAAAGAAAUUUUUGUGCCGUUUUGCGAAGAUCUAUUGAAAUUUUGCAACGAAAAGAACACAAAACAAGGAUUUCUGCAACCCAAUGGAGAUAUUGUAAGAGACGCUGGAAAGAUGGCUGAGGUUGCUGCGGAUUAUUACGGAAAACAUUUUGAGGCGCCAUCAGAAGAAGAAAUCGGAAUCCGUCCGCAUCCUUGGCUUGAUGCUACGUAUUCGGAUUCGGAGAUUUGGGGGGAACAAAUACCUUUAGCAAAUCUGGAAGAAGUUUUAGAAGUAGUAAGCAGUCUUAAAAAGAAAAAAUCUUGCGACGCACAUGGUAUUUCUAGUUAUCAUUUUAAUUUUAUUCCUUUUCAAUAUUGGUCACUUCUUCUUGAGAUCUUUAAUAAUUCUUUUGUACACGCGACAAUCUCUUCUGCUUGGCUGGACGCUCGAAUGAUCGUUUUAGCGAAAAAAAACUCGGUUUGUACUCCUGCCGAAACUCGUCCAAUCUCUCUUUUAGAUGUUUUUUUAAAAGUCAACGAAAAACUAUUUACCAAUCGCUUUCGCAAACUUUUGGAUAGGCGAGGCCUGUUACCGGACUCGCAAUCUGGUUUUAGACCAGAUUUUCGUCUUCAAACUAGAGUACUACUUUUUUUGGAGCAA